AUGCGAUUAUUUUCACAAGUUUUCGCGAUAAUCAUGGUUUCUACAGUAUUUGGUCGAAAGCACGACUCAGAUGAGGAGGAUAACAGCUCAGGAAAGCCAAUUAUUCCACUUCCAAGCAAAAACGCCAUUGAACAAAUUGGAGCGAGAUUUUUGGAUGCUCUAAUCAAGAAAGGACAAAUGGAAAUGGCAAAAGGAGCCUUCAAGACCCAACUCGAAGUGUUGGAAAAAGUGCAUCCUGAGCAGUAUGAAAAGUAUAAAAAACUGAAAAUCGAAGAUCUCGCAGCAGAUGCAGUGAUGCAACAAGCAGAGAUAGCAAAACUCCAACCAAAAACAGGCAAGAAAUAA